AUGUCAAAAAAAGGCCAAGGAAAGAAAAUUCAACAACAGAGAGAGCAUGUUGAAAACCGUGAACUUUAUCAACGGAUGAAUUUCUUGUAUCAAGCGGCUGCACUUAUGACUACUACCACUUUUGUUCAGGAAUCUACUGAUCAUAACACCAAGGAUGAAAAAUCAACAGCAAAACGGAAUAAAUCUUAUCAGAAUAUAGGAUCGCUUGGCAGGUUUUAUCUAAAUACAAUGAGAAAUAUCGGCAAGAAACAAGUAUUGAGAAUAGAGCCAUCUGUUAAAAGAAACAUUUGCAAGAGAUGUGAUUCUCUACUUGUGCCUGGCUUCACGUCACGUGCUCGAGUUAAAUCUCGUCGACAAAAACAACUCGAAAUUGAAUGUAGCGAGUGCAAGGCAAUUAAAAUAUUUCCAGCAAGAAAGGAUUACCAAUUGUUCUCGGAGAAACCAGAGAAUAUUGUUGGUGCUUCCACUAAUGAAUCCUCGGGUGAAUCACAAAGAAUGACAUAA